CGCCGUUUCUGGUCCAUCUUGUGAAGCAGGCAGAUGCGGUGUUGCGCGCUGCUACAAGAAGGGCCCUGCGAGCGUAUGUCCAUGAGCCUCCCGUCUCGUCUCGUCUCCUGCGGCGCGCUGUCGAGGCUGUAAAAGGCUCUCAGCCCCGCGGACUGAGCUGGGGGGAGGGAAAGAUCUCGCGAGAGCUCCGAGCACGGGCUCAGCUGGCCGUGGCUUUGCAGCAGACGGAGGGAGAAGGCAGGCAGGCAGCAUCAUGGCGGACAGAGACAGUGGAAGCGAGCAGGGAGGAGCGGCCACGGGCCCAGGCUUCGGCUCCAUGCACCUACCGGCAGGAGGGGCGGGCUCGGCGUCCGGGCUCCAGCACGAGACGCAGGAGCUGGCGUCAAAGCGGGUUGACAUCCAGAACAAGCGCUUCUAUUUGGACGUGAAGCAGAACGCGAAGGGCCGCUUCUUGAAGAUAGCCGAAGUCGGGGCCGGCGGAAACAAGAGCCGCCUCACUCUCUCCAUGUCCGUGGCGGUCGAGUUCCGAGACUACUUGGGGGACUUCAUCGAGCACUACGCCCAGCUGGGACCGAGCAACCCGGGCAUGGUCCAGGACGAGCCCCGGCGCGCGCUGAAAAGUGAGUUCCUGGUGCGGGAGAAUCGGAAAUACUACAUGGAUCUGAAAGAGAACCAGAGGGGACGGUUCCUACGGAUCCGGCAGACCGUUAACCGGGGGCCCGGGCUGGGAUCCACGCAAGGCCAGACGAUCGCUUUGCCCGCGCAGGGACUUAUCGAGUUUCGCGACGCCCUGGCUAAACUUAUUGACGAUUACGGCGUGGAGGACGAGCCGGCGGAGCUGCCCGAGGGCUCGUCGCUGACGGUGGACAACAAGCGCUUCUUCUUCGACGUCGGCUCCAAUAAGUACGGCGUGUUUAUGCGGGUGAGCGAGGUGAAGCCCACCUACCGCAACUCUAUCACGGUGCCCUACAAAGUGUGGUCCAAGUUCGGCAACACGUUCUGUAAAUACGCCGAGGAGAUGAAGAAGAUCCAGGAGAAGCAGCGGGAGAAAAGGGCAUGCGAGCUGCAGCAGCAAGAGGAGAUGCAGGCGGACGAUGGGGACGAGGAUUGAUAAAGGAGAAAAAAAAAAUAUAUGCGGGAGUAAUGAAAACAAGAUUAUUAAAGUUAAAACUCUACUGUAUAAAAGAAAGAAUCUAAAGAUUUUUAACUGUAAAGGUUUAACUCCAAGGGAGCAUCACUCUCAGUAUAAGAAAACCUCCACAACCUGACAGUUCUGACAUGUUGUCACUCAUCGCUGGAUGUUACCCCACUUACCACCAUUAAUACAGUUAACAGGCUGCUAAACAAAGUAAUAACAUUAUAUUUGAACAUUGAUUCCUACUUGACAAAAACCAUAUUGAACGGAGUGUUUAUUUCCCUUAUUAACAAGAGAACUUUUGUACCAGUUAAAGCUAUUGUAAAAAAAAAACAACAACAACAAAAAAAAAAGCAAAAAAAAAAAACCAACAACAAAAAGAAAACAGGGGGUGUUUGCAAUGUUCAAAUGGAUACGGGAGGGGGGGGGGGGGGGAAGGAGUUCCUUUACAUGUGAGCUAAUGACUUCAGCACAAAUCAGAUAUUUUAAUUUUUCAAAAAAAACAACAACAACUAAACAAAACACAAUUCCAAAUCUUUGUAAAAGGUCGUCACAUGUACUUGCCAUUACCUUUACCUGUGAGUAGAGAUGUGUUUACACAUAAAAAUCGUAUAUGAGGGCUAGGCCUGCUACGGAAACCGGUUAGAUGUCAUGCAGUAUAUUUAAAAAUAAUAAAAAAAAAAAAAACUAAAAAAACAAAAAGGAAUAUAUAGGCAUCUUCAUGAAAUGAAAUAAGUGCUAUCUUUGUUGUGCAAUAUGCAUUGAAGAUAAAUGGGUUAUAUUGAACUUGUCAACCGACGUUGACUUGGCCGUUGCUAGAAACAUUCAAAGAAAUAUAUUGUGAUUUCUCUUCUUUCUUUUUUUUUUUCUCCUUUUGAGUUAAAAUUGUUGCCAUGCAGAUGGAUAUAUUAUAGACUACCUUUCUGUCUCGUCGUUGAUGAUGCAAUGUGUUCAUUUUAAAAGGUACUAUAUGUGUGUUUGAUAGAGGAAAUCCAGUGACGACAUGUAGCAAAUUGCCCCUUUUUUCUUUUCUUUUUCUUUGCAAAUUAUCUUGAGGAGACGUGUACGUCCUCACAGCCCAGCUGUGUUUUAGUGGCCCAGUUAUAUGCAGAGAAGCAUAAACGUAGAGAUGCACCGGUCAGGGUCGACGGGUUUCUUUUAAAUCCGACCGGCCAAAUUAUUAUUUUUUUAUUUUUUUUUAUUUUGCCUUAUCGGGGCUAUAAAGCAUGAAAGAAUGUGCUGCAGUUUAUGCGAUGGAGCUACUAGUUUUCAUUUGAAACUGAAGGCAUUACCAGACUAUUUAACAAAAAAAAAUGCUUCAAAAUAUGAACUAUUUGUUAUGUCUGUAGCUCACGAAUGGUUUGCGUUCUCAAUUUUGAUUAAUUUCUUUAUUAGAAGGUUUUUCCGUUUGCUUUUUUUUUUUUGUUAGUAUUUGAACUGUCGAUAUACAAUCAGAGUAGAUUGAGGGGAAAAUCGGCUGAUUCCGAUCAAUUGUUUGGUGCGUCUCUACCUGAAACUGUGACUUUCUUUUUUUUUUUGUCGUCCAGAUUAAGUGGAGCUGCACCAAUCGGGCUUUUCUUGGCCAGUAGCGUUUUGUGGUUCGUUGAUUGAGCUGGUCGCUCUGAGCUCUUGAUUUGGAAUGCGUUUAAUGGUUGGAGAAAAUCGCUUCAAUGUACGAUCCAUCGAUCACAGGUCAACGUCUGGGUUGGGGGUUGAAAACAGCCGAACUCCCAGUUUCUUCUGAUGUCUGACCGGCUGAUUACCAUUUUUUUUUUGUUUGUAUUUAAGGCAUAUAACACAAAAAAGUUUUUUGUUCAUCUGAUUUUUAUUCUAUUUUAUUAAAAUGGGGCCAAGAGUGGAUCAAAGUAUGAGCCGUUAGUUGUCAGAACACGUCGGGUGUUCAUAGUUUUGAUGCAUUUAAGUAAGUGGGGUUGGGGGGGGGGGGUCGUCUAGACAACUGAAUGGUGCAUCUCUACCUGAAAUGGUAACUUUUUGUCAUCUUGUUCAGUCGUAAAAGUCUAAAUGGUGCCAAGGAGUGCUGCUGCUGCUGCAGGUUAACCUGCACUAUGUGAUGGAUUCCAUUGGUCUCCCAAAAUGUCACGAAUUCAGGACGUAAUAUAGUUAUUCUUACCCAAAGGCUGUGGUGUGGUUCUAGCUGAAGAUGUUAAACAGAGAAAGAUUGUAAAUGGUCAUCCGUGUAUCGCUGCUGGUUUAGGUGGAGUUCACAUCUCCUCCUGGUGGCCCUCCAACUUUAUCUCUGCCAGAUUAAGGCCUGAGGGGUUAUUGUGGAUGCACGCUUGCAGCUUUACUUCAGAUUUGUGAGCCCAAAUAUCUGCCUGGGGGGGGUUGAGGGCAGUCUGGUCCAAUUGUAAAUAUUUGGGCUGCCACUCGGUGAAGAGACUGGUUCUGGAAACCAGUUCAGUCGCAUCUCAUAGAUGUUCGAUAGCAGUUUUAUAAACUCUUUGUCGGUGAACUCCAGAGAAACUGGCAACAAUCAGACAAUUUCAGAUUUACCUCAUCACUGAAUCCAAACGAUUGCUCCCGCCUUCCAAUUGACCGGAAACCAGCAAAACGUAGACUGUCUUUUUCCUCGACCACCUUAUUUCAGGGGAGCAUCCUCGUCAGCAUAUAAAACAACCCGGUGCCUUACACACUCCGCAUGCUUACACGCUGGCCUGGUGCUUUGGAUCGCAGGUUUUGGCUUCUCUUUUCUUCACGCUUCCUUUCUUUUCGUCUUUCCCCCUCAGUUUUGCGUCUCGGGCCCCCCUAGUGUGCUAGCGCACGACUCGUGGUGCUAAAAAAGGGUUCGCUACGAGCCCUGGGAGCAGGAUUCUUAACUCUUCUUCUGCUGCCUCCCUCUCUUCCCUGUUACUCCCAUUGCCAUGCCCCUUUUUUUUUUUUAGCCAUCCAGGUAUCGGCCUACAUGUAAACAUGGAAAGGAAGGGGUGGUCACCUAAGAUGCAAGGCCCGCGUUGAGGCUUGUGUCGCGCUGAGCGAGGGGCAAUUGUGUGAAAUAAGAGCUGGAUGAAAAGUCUCCCCCCAGUCCCCCACUCGAAUCGCUAAUUUUCCCGCUAAAAUAGCUCCGCGUGGCAGUAAAUUGGGGGGGGUAGCGAACUUAAAUAUAUAUAUUUUUCUCUCUAAACGAAACGGAACGCUUACCUUUUCAGCAUUAUUCCACUUUCUUUGUAAUUUUGGAAUGUUUUUUUGCCCAUAAAAGGAAAGAGGAAGAAAAAAAAAAUCUAUAUCUAUUUUUUUUUUUUUUUUGUUUUGUUUUCCUGUGCAACGUUUCAUCACUGUGUGCAAUAUCGUACGUGCCAAUGGUGGCAAUAUAUGUAUAUCUAUUAAAUAUAUGAUGACUAUUUGAAAAGCAUGUGACUGAAUUCCAUGUCUUUUUCUCAUGAAGGAGUCGUACGCCUUUAUUUGCACUCGGAGCUCUACCCCGGAGAGAGAGAGAGAGAGAGAGAGAAAAUAGAUAGAAUAGCUUAAACCCAAGGGUCUUAGCAGCCUGUUGGGGUCCAACGGUUCACAUAUGUACUUUAACUUGAGACAGAACGUCGUCACUGCAAAAGCGCACCCCUCUAAGAAAAGGGUCGACUCGUCCCCGUGGGUGGUUGAUGGUAGACUUUAAACAUCCAAAUGGAGUUUUUAUUUUUUUGUUUGUUUGUUUUUAUGGAAAAAAAAAAAGAUAUCUCUAUUUUUUUUUUUUUUUUUUAGCUUUAAGCUAAAAAAAUAAAAGGUGCUUCAGUCCAAUCCUCAUUAAGAUGUACGGUGAACUGUCUUCAGUGGUUUGUUGUGUGUAGCACUUUUCCCAGGUUAACGAAAACGCCUGUUUAAAAAAAAAAAAAAUGAUCUCAACAAAGAAUGUCGUUCUCUCUUGUGUUGCCUCUUUCUUUUUCUUUCUAUGAUUUGCUCAUUUGAUGCAUUGAAUAUAAUUUAUGUACAUUUGACAAAUUAAAAACAUAAAAAAUAAAGACGAUAAUAAACAGAUUUUUCUCACUGAGGGGAGGGGAACAAGCUACAUUCAAAAUGUACCGUUUUUCAUGUUUUGUUUCCUGUGCAGGAGGAGGAGGAUGGGGGGGGGGCAAGAAAAAAAAAAGUUUAUUUUUGAUGUAGUGCUGUCUACAAUGUCUGAAUCUGCGUUUGCAACGAUACUAAUUACUAAAGCUUAAUUUUACAGCCUCCCAACAUGCAAACCUUUCAACUAUUUAAUGACUUGUGUCUUCUUGGAAAAUUUCAAAGUACUGUAUAUGUAAUUAAUGCCAGGCUGUAAAAUAAAGCAUUACUCUGUUCUCUAAUCA